UGCAGAGGCAGGCAGAUCUCUGUGAGUUCAAGGCCAGCCAGGCCUAUAUAAAGAGACCCUGUCAUUAAAAAUAAAGAACCUUAUAAUUGCCCAUACUCUUCCCAAGAGUAGCCUUCUGGCCAGCUCAUGUAAGGGGAUUUCUGGGCAGGUGAUUCUGAGCACUGUAAAUCUAACGAUGUCUACUCUAAUAAUCUACUCUGCUCAUUCCAGCUCAACUUUCAUAUAUGUUUUCCCAAGAAAAGAAGGAAAUGGCCAAACCCCAGGAACUAGUGACAUUUGAGGAUGUAGCUGUGGAUUUCACCCAGGAGGAAUGGCAAUACCUGAACCCUCCACAGAGGACCCUGUACAGAGAUGUGAUGCUUGAGACCUACAGCAACCUUGUUUCUGUGGGCUCCAAAGACCAAGGAGGUAUCUAUCAUUUAUCAUCUUCAGAACAGCAGGUUACUAAACCAGAUCUCAUUAUCAAGCUGGAGGUAAAAGAACCAGAGCCAGAAGAUGGGGAGAUUUCAGUUUGGAGCUUUCCAGAAGUCUGCCAAAUUAAUGAACAGUUUGAGAGGCAACAUCAGGAUAACCAAGAUAAGUAUCUGUUGAUGCAAUUUGGAUUCCCUGAUGACAAAAUAAUUACCAAGAGUGACCAGAACUAUGCUGAAUUUGAAAACACAUUUCAUCUGAGCACAAGCCUUGUUGUCCCAAUGCAAAGAUCUCACAAAUUUGAAUCAUUUGGAAAUAAUAUGGUGGACAAUUUAAGCUUGCUUAGUAGAAGCUCUACAGAAAAUAAACAUGAUACUGGGUGUGCAAAGUUAUUCUUCCAUACAGAAUAUGAAAAACCUAAUUUCAUAGUGAAACCCUGUGGAUAUAAAGAAUAUGACAAAACCCUCAGGCGAAAGAAAGGUCUUAGCCUUCAUCAGAGAAUUAAAAAUGGAGAGAAGCCUUUUGAAUGUACUGCAUGUCAGAAAACCUUCAGCAAAAAGUCACACCUCAUUGUACAUUGGAGAACUCAUACAGGAGAGAAACCAUUUGAGUGUACUGAAUGUGGGAAAGCUUUUAGCCAAAAGUCCCAGCUCAUUAUACACCUCAGAACUCAUACAGGAGAAAGACCCUUUGCAUGUCCAGAAUGUGGCAAAGCCUUCAGAGAAAAGUCAACUGUCAUCAUACAUUAUAGAACACAUACAGGAGAGAAACCUUAUGAAUGUAAUGAAUGUGGGAAAGCCUUCACUCAGAAGUCAAACCUCAUUGUCCAUAAAAAAACCCACACAGGAGAGAAAACCUAUGAGUGUACCAAGUGUGGGGAAUCUUUCAUCCAGAAACUUGACCUAAUUAUACACCAUAGUACUCACACAGGAAAGAAGCCUCAUGAAUGUAAUGAGUGUAAGAAAACAUUCAGUGAUAAGUCAACCCUCGUUAUACAUCAGAGAACUCACACUGGAGAGAAACCUCAUAAAUGUACUGAAUGUGGGAAGUCUUUCAAUGAGAAGUCAACCCUCAUUGUGCACCAAAGAACUCAUACUGGUGAGAAGCCCUAUGAAUGUGAUGUGUGUGGGAAAACUUUCACUCAAAAGUCAAAUCUAGGUGUGCAUCAACGAACUCACUCAGGAGAGAAACCAUUUGAGUGUAAUGAAUGUGAGAAAGCCUUCUCUCAGAAAUCCUAUCUCAUGCUACAUCAGCGAGGCCACACUGGAGAGAAGCCCUAUGAAUGUAAUGAAUGUGAAAAGGCGUUUUCUCAGAAGUCCUAUCUCAUUAUACAUCAAAGAACUCAUACAGAAGAAAAACCCUAUAAAUGUAAUGAGUGUGGAAAGGCAUUCCGAGAAAAGUCAAAACUCAUUAUCCAUCAGAGGAUCCACACAGGAGAGAAACCCUAUGAAUGCCUUGUGUGCUGGAAAGCUUUUAGCCAGAAGUCACAGCUCAUCAUCCAUCAGAGAACACACACAGGAGAAAAGCCCUAUGAAUGCACAGAAUGUGGUAAAGCAUUCAGGGAAAAAUCCACAUUCACAGUACAUCAAAGAACUCACACUGGAGAGAAGCCCUAUAAGUGUGCAGAAUGUGGCAAAGCCUUUACCCAGAAAUCCAACCUUAUUGUACAUCAGAGGACCCAUACAGGAAAGAAGGCCCAUGGAAGAGGCCACACCUGCAAGGCAAAACUCACUACAAAAUAUGGAACAAAGCAGUAGUGUCUUUCAUAUACCCAAAAGGAAAGAUGUGUUGAUUUAAUGUUGGAAAAGAAUGACCUGAAUUCUAGUCUAAUCACUGGGAUAAAGUCAGCAUUUCUUUUCAUCUAUUUUCACCCUAAUGCAGGUUGAAAUAGAAGCAGAUGUGUAAUUUCUUUGGAAACCACUGCAACCAUAGGGCUGUCAGUCUAAAUGGCAAUCAAACACUAGUGCAUGAGAUUUCACGGCUUCAGAAGUGAGACAGCAUAGCUAAGGACUCUCCUCUGAGGGUUGAGAUACACUGUAAGGUGCAUGACAAAGACCAUGUGAGGCCUGAGGAGAAACAGGCAGACAGACCUUAUAUUUAUAGAAAGUAAUCAGACAGAUUUGAGGAAGAGCUGGAGGUGGGAAGCUGGGGCAAAGAAAGGGAUAUAGUUGGUCUUGUUUACUGGUUUGGGGAAAGUAAAGUGUGAAAGAACUAACAGAAGGUAAGGGGUGUCUCAUUUGUUUGAAAAACUGAUCUGUCUAGAAUGUGGCCCUGGCAUCUUCCUCCACAAGAACCUCAGGCAAACAGCAAGUCCAGGAGCAACUCUUCUCAUUCAAAGAAAAGCAUGUAAAAGUAAUCAAAAUCACAAAUACAUUUAUAGUUCUAGGAAUACAUAUACUCAUAUGUGUACAAAAUGAUCAAAACAGGUAUUUGUUGAUGCAGUGUUUAAAAAAAAAGAUUAGAAGCUUUCCAAAUGGCAUCACCUGGAUUCUUCUUCCUAAAACUGAUAUAUAUAUUCAUACAGCAAACUCGAGACAAAAAUGAGCAAAAAGAAUGUGGAUAUCAUUUCUGUAAUGAUUUGGGGUAGUCUCCAAGUUACAUCAUUAGAUAGGAAAAGCAAGGUGCAGCACAGUGAGUAUAAUGUGCUACCAUUUGUAUAUAAAAAGGAGGAAAUGGUAAGUACAGAGUUCAUUGUAUGCAUAAUCUGUUUCUGGAAAGGAAUGUAAGAAUCUGAUUAUCAUUAUUUUACAGAAGGGAAGGGGGCAGUACGUGACUAGGGAGAUGAAACCUCAAGACACCUGUGCAUUCUCUCAUAGCUUUGGAAAGUUGUACAGUGUGGAUAUAUAACCUUUUUGACAAAUAAAUCUUUAAAACCAUA